CCAGUUCUGCCUCUGACGCCUCAUUCCAGCCAUCCCUCUGCCUGCCAUGACAGCUUCCCGCCACCCUAGCCACAGUCCCACCCGGGGGCCUUGGGCCCCGGACAUGUGGUGAUCUCAGUGCAAGGGUUGCGGCGACCACCCAGAAUCUUAUCAGGAACACAUCUUCCUGCCCCACCUGUGUGUCUCCAGCCAUGAACGUCUACCCCAAGGAGAUGGUGCCUCUCAUGAGCAGGAGAGUCGCUGCCCCUGGUGGGAACCCUGCCGUCCUACCAGAGAAGAGGCCGGCAGAGACCACCCCCACAAAGAAGAGUGCACACUUCUUCCUGGAGAUAGAGGGGUUCGAGCCCAACCCCACGGUGGCCAAGACCUCUCCCCCUGUCUUCUCCAAGCCCAUGGACUCCAACAUCCGGCAGUGCAUCUCUGGCAACUGUGAUGACAUGGACUCCCCUCAGUCUCCUCAGGAUGAUGUGACAGAGACCCCAUCCAAUCCCAACAGCCCCAGUGCACACCAGGCGAGGGAAGCGCAGAGGAGGCGGAAGCGGCGGCUGAAGAAACGCAUCUUCGAAGCGGUGUCUGAGGGCUGCGUGGACGAGCUGCUGGAGCUGCUGGUGGAGCUGCAGGAGGUUUGCAAGCGGCGCCGAAACCAGGACGUGCCUGACUUCCUUAUGCACAAGCUGACGGCCUCAGACACGGGGAAGACCUGCCUGAUGAAGGCCUUGUUAAACAUCAACCCGAACACCAAGGAGAUAGUGCGGAUCCUGCUUGCCUUUGCUGAAGAGAACGACAUGCUGGGCAGGCUCAUCAAUGCCGAGUACACAGAGGAGGCCUACGAAGGGCAGACGGCGCUGAACAUCGCCAUCGAGCGGCGGCAGGGUGACAUCACGGCGCUGCUCAUUGCUGCCGGCGCCGACGUCAACGCCCACGCCAAGGGGGCCUUCUUCAACCCCAAGAACCAGCACGAGGGCUUCUACUUCGGCGAGACGCCCCUGGCCCUGGCGGCGUGCACCAACCAGCCCGAGAUCGUGGAGCUGCUGAUGGAGCACGAGCACACCGACAUCGCCUCCCAGGACUCGCGGGGCAACAACAUCCUCCACGCCCUGGUGACCGUGGCCGAGGACUUCCAGACGCAGAACGACUUCGUGAAGCGCAUGUACGACACGAUUCUGCGGCGCAGCAGCAGCUGGGAGCUGGAGACCACACGCAACAACGACGGCCUCACGCCACUGCAGCUGGCGGCCAAGCUGGGCAAGGCCGAGAUCCUGAAGUACAUCCUGAGUCGUGAAAUCAAGGAGAAGCGGCUCCGAAGCCUGUCCAGGAAGUUCACGGACUGGGCGUACGGACCUGUGUCGUCCUCCCUGUACGACCUCACCAACGUGGACACCACCACAGACAACUCAGUGCUGGAAAUCACUGUCUACAACACCAACAUCGACAACCGGCACGAGAUGCUGACUCUGGAGCCGCUGCACACGCUGCUGCGAAUGAAGUGGAAGAAGUUUGCCCAGUACAUGUUCUUUCUGUCCUUCUGCUUCUACUUCUCCUACAACAUCACCCUGACCCUCGUCUCAUACUACCGACCCCGGGAGGAGGAGGCCCUCCCGCACCCCUUGGCCCUGACCCACAAGAUGGGGUGGCUGCAGCUCUUGGGGAGGAUGUUUGUGCUCAUCUGGGCCACGUGCAUCUCUGUGAAAGAGGGCAUUGCGAUCUUCCUGCUGAGACCCUCGGAUCUGCAGUCCAUCCUCUCAGAUGCCUGGUUUCACUUUGUCUUUUUUAUCCAAGCUGUGCUUGUGAUACUGUCUGUCUUCUUGUACUUGUUUGCCUACAAAGAGUACCUCGCCUGCCUCGUGCUGGCCAUGGCCCUGGGCUGGGCGAACAUGCUCUACUACACGCGGGGAUUCCAGUCCAUGGGCAUGUACAGCGUCAUGAUCCAGAAGGUCAUUUUGCAUGACGUUCUGAAGUUCUUGUUCGUAUAUAUAGUUUUUUUGCUUGGAUUUGGAGUAGCCCUGGCCUCGCUGAUCGAGAAGUGUCCCAAAGACAACAAAGACUGCAGCUCCUAUGGCAGCUUCAGCGACGCAGUUCUGGAACUCUUCAAGCUCACCAUAGGCCUGGGUGACCUGAACAUCCAGCAGAACUCCAAGUAUCCCAUUCUCUUUCUGUUCCUACUCAUCACCUACGUCAUCCUCACCUUCGUUCUGCUCCUCAACAUGCUCAUUGCCUUGAUGGGAGAGACUGUGGAGAAUGUCUCCAAGGAGAGCGAGCGCAUUUGGCGCCUGCAGAGAGCCAGGACCAUCUUGGAAUUUGAGAAAAUGUUACCGGAAUGGCUGAGGAGGAGAUUUCGGAUGGGGGAGAUGUGUAAAGUGGCCGAGGAAGAUUUCCGACUGUGUUUGCGGAUCAAUGAGGUGAAGUGGACUGAAUGGAAAACACACGUCUCCUUCCUUAACGAAGACCCGGGGCCUGGAAGGCGAACAGAUGGAGUCUGUCUGUCACCCUGGCCAAAGUGCAGUGGUGCAGUCUUGGCUCACUGCAACCUCUGCCUCCUGGAUUCAAGGGAUUCUCCUACCUCAACCUCCUUGAGUAGCUGGGCUACAGGUGUGCACCACCACCUCUAGCUAAUUUUUCUUUGUAUUUUUAGUAGAGAUGAGAUUUCACCAUGUUGUUCAGGCUGGUCUUAAACUCUUGACCUCAGGUGAUCCGCCCACCUUAGUCUCCCAAAGUGCUGGGAUUACAGGCGUGAGCCACCGCAUCUGGCCUCUAAAAUAUAUCUUUUUUCAAAAGCAGAUUUCAACAAAAUCCAAGAGUCUUCCAGGAACAAUAGCAAAACCACUCUCAAUGCAUUUGAAGAAAUAGAGGAAUUCCCAGAAACGUCGGUGUAGAAGCAUAACCCAGAGCUGGUGUGCACGUGGGCUGUCUGGUGCUGCAGGCGGAGUCAGGGACUGCUGAGGGCUUUGAGGAGUGGUGGAGCUCUGCUGGCCCAGACACAGAACACACCCUCAUGCUGAGUGGGUGUCUGGACUGAGGGGCAGUUGGCGGUUUGUGCCAGUGGGAAACAGCCUAGAUUUUGUUAUUUGGCAAAGAGCUUGUGUAAACCCUCAGCCAGCCACAGUCUGGAGCCUCGGACACCCCUAAAGUCCUGGGUGAAACCUCUGGUUUUACCAAUUGCAGGUCGGCUUGGCUGGGAGAGGUGGGGGGCGGGGAACAGGCCUUGAGGAGCAGGCUUUCCUCCUGUCAGCUUCCCCUUGUCAGCCCUGGCCCCAGUCCACACAUUCUACCAUCUCACAGGGUUGUCUGAAUUUGUGGGAGACCCUUGAUCCCAUCCCAGAAUGUGCGAGGGACGGAGGUAAGCCUGAUAUCCUGGGAGAGGAGGGGAGUGAGCUUUGGAAAUGACCUUCGGGAGCUCUUCAGGGAAAAAGGAAACCAUCCUUGGAGUGAGCAUCCCCUGAAACCCCAAGGAUCAAACUGUCGCAAAGGGAGAGAUGUUUUUAGUAGCAUAAUUAACACAGGGUUUUUAUUUUCAGCAUGGAAAAGACAUUUCAGUUAAGAAUGAACAUUGCUACAAUGAAGUAUUGAUUUUGAAAGUGGAGACAGAUUAGUGGCUUUGGGGCUGGAUGUAAGUAUUAUAUAUUUGGCCUUAGGGUUGGCAGAGAAAGACAAAAAGCUUUUCUUCACGCACACAAAAGUCUGCAUAAAACGCGCGGGGCAGGUCCUGCUGGGCCGCCGCAAUCUGGGUGAAAGGGCCUGGCUCUUUUCCUUGUCCCCGCCUUGCAGCAGGGCACGCCACCGCACUGGGAUCCUGGCUUCCGCAGAAGCAUAAAUAGCAGCUGCUCUGUCUCUACCGUAUUAGAGCUCAGCAGUCAGCAUACCUCAGUAGGUCUCAGUGGGGGAAUUUAACAAAAUGCCUGAACUGCUGUGGUACUAAGUAUUUUUUUUUAACUGUGAAUUUUGAAGCUGAAGGGGAAUCUUGUGAGAGAGAAACAUUUGCCAAGACUUUGGGCUUAUUUUUAGGUCCUCAUCCUCUGAUGUCCUCCCUUGGAAAUGACACGGAGUCAGUCUGGGGGCAGAGGGGAAGUGGAGACCGAAGGAUUUUCUGGGUAACUGGGGCCUAAACCGUUAGAAAAUCUCCUCUGCCUCCAUUAUCUGGUGAAAGGAUUCAUGUAAAAAUUACAAAAAUGGUAACAUAAGUUUUAAUGUUAAAUGGCAGAAAUAGAAAUUUGGCCUUUGGAUGACAUGGCAAUUGAUGAGUUACUCUGGUUUAAGGCAGAUUGAGGAGUCCAGGCCUGGCAGUGCAUUUGGGACCAGUUUCUCUGCUCUGGGCCACUCCGUGUGCCAGACUGGCUGAGCAGGUGGAAACUCAGCCUCCGUGCCCCUGAUGGGGCCAGUUGGGGAGAGGUGGUCUGGGGUGUGAGAGGCAUCACAACCCCAGCAGCCCCUGCACUCCCAGCUGACCUAGGGAGGAACCGUGUACUCUUAGCCUCAGUGGUCAGACCAGGCUCUGAGGGGGAACAGGGCUGGGCAUGGGCCCCUGGAGAAGAGAAGAUUGGAGGGGCCUGUCCUGGGGCAGAAGGAGUAGAUUCGUUCUAGAAUGGGCAGAACUACUCAACUGAGGAAGACUUCGGCUCAAUCCAAUCCAGCAACUGGCUCAGAUGUUGGAGAUGUUUAAGCGAAAGCUGGUUGAGCACUUAUGAGGCAUGUUGUUGAAAGUGGUAAUUGGAUGAAGUUUAAGGUCCCUUAGCCUGGAGAGUCUACCAAUCAGAAUUCCACAUGUGGAGUCAGCUACCUGUGUUAAGCCUGAACAGACCUCUUGUUUGAAAGGAAGUGGUUUAGAUCCAUGGUGCCAGGUUCUACACCACAGAGCUAGGAAUUCCAGAACUGCUUUGCUCAGAUAUUAAUGGAUAAAGCCAUACCCACUAAUGGAUAAGGUUAUCUGUUAUGGAUAAAGCCAUAUCCAGAAUUGCUUUGACUCAGAUAUGAAUGGGUAAAGCCAAUGACUGAUUUCUAUUUGCCUAACCUUCCAGCUUUUGUCCAAGUGAGAAAUGGAGAGCCAGAGGGAUCUUUCUCAUCUCACAUCAUGGAGCGCUGCUCUCUGUGGGUCUGGAUGGAAUUUGUUGGCAAGACCCUUUUCUUUUCUUUUCUCUUUUCUUUCUUCCUUCCCUCCUUCCUUCCCUCCCUCCCUCCCUCCUGCCCUCCUUCCCUCCUUCCUUCCUUCCUUCCUUCUCUCUUUCUUCUUUCUUCCUUCCUUCCUUUUUUUUUUUUGACUGAGUUUCGCUCUUGUCACCCAGGCCUGAGUGCAGUGGCGCAUUCUCAGCUCACUGUAACCUCCACAUCCCGGGUUCAAGCAAUUCUCCUGUCUCAGCCUCCCAAGUAGCUGGGAUUACAGGUGCCUGCCACCAUGCCCGGCUAAUUUUUAUAUUUUUUAGUAGAGAUGGGGUUUCACCAGGUUGGCUAGGCUUGUCCUGAACUCCUGACCUCAGGUAAUCCAUCCGCCUUAGCCUCCCAAAGUGCUGGGAUUACAGGUGUGAGCCACGCGCCCAGCCACAAGACCAUUUUCUAUACUGGAGAUUUUUCCCAACAGUGUCCACCCCAAAAGGCUUUCAUCCAAAAGGUCUGAGCCUAGGAAAGUUCACCAAGGCAGAAGGAAGCAAUGAGUCAAGAAGCAUCAGCAUCAGAAGGACCACUUCCUUCACUUCACUCCCAGAGACUCACACUCCGAGAGGAGCGUGUACCUGUGCAGAGUCGGGCAGGAAGUCCUGUCAGCACUGUGAAAGCUGGAGUGUCCUGAUUCUCGGACCACAGAUGCCUCCCUGAGCCAUUAUUUAUUUUUUAAAAGCACCAUUAUUCCAUAAUGUUGAGUCCUUCUUUGUGGUUGGCAUAUGCUGGAGGGAGGACUAUUUUCUCAGAUGUCUCAUUUGGCAGUCCACAUUGUCCCUAUGCUCCCCAUGACUGGUUGAAAAUUUCAGUGUGCCCACAGGGGUGUGCAAAACCACACACACUGCACACCUAAACACACACAACCAUCACCCCACCCCCACACAUGCCCACACCCAUACAGCCACCCACCCACACCCUGUGCCCCCAAACACACCCACGCAUACACACCCAUACACCCACACACACCCCAAACACACCCACGCAUAUACACCCACACACCCCCAGACACACCCACGCAUACACACCCAUAUACCCACACACACCCCAAACACACCCACCCAUACACCCACACACACCCCAAACACACCCACACAUACCCACACACCCCCCAAACACACCCACGCAUACACACCCACACCCCUCCCCCCACAUACACCCACAGACACACCCAUUGAAGUCCCAUCAGGACUUCUGAAAAACUCCGUGAUUAACAUUUCAUUAAUUUCAGGGGAAGGCAUUUUCCAGGGAUGGAAUCUCCCAGGCUCAGAUAGUGCCUUUGGCUGCAAAUGCCCUGUUAGCUAAACAUUUCCUCAGGAAAAUUUCCUUAUUCUAGAUGUUAUGUGAUAUAUCUGUUUGGAAUUCAGGGUGCUUAGCCUUCCUUCCAGGGACGUGGGAGAAGCGGCCGGAGGUUGUACUGUGAAGUCAUUCAGCUCUGGAAGGCUCCUGCCUGAGAGAGCCCAGUGUUACUGAUGUUCCUUUCCUUCCUCAAGGCCUGGUGACCUGUGUCCUUUUGCUCUGGGCAGGGCCCGGGUAGAUGGGCCGUUGUCUGGGCCUGUAAACUGUACUUGACUUCUGCAUUGAUUUACAUACUUUUUACUGUGAUCUUGCUUCCUCACACAGAAUUGUCACCCCAAUCCCCUUGAAUGAGCUGGAUACUUGUCAAUUCUACUUGAAUGACUUGUUCUUAGUGUUGUGUGUGUGUGAAACUCUGUGUUCAAGAAAGAAAUCAUAAAAAGAGUAAGAACAUUUUUGUGCCAUUGAAGAAAUGGUGUUUUGAUUUCUAAUAAAUAUUUAUUUUGCUUCUUA